AAACGACAAUUCCCAUGAUGCAUCUGCACUACAGUGGCCGCUGGACGGGGGAAGGGAAGCUGAGAUUGGAGGGAGAAACAAUCAGAAACUGAGAUUCUAAUGCAUGUGCGACCCCCCCUCCCAAAAAAAGAAGACAGCUCAUGAUCCACAUCUGGACACCUGCCCUUCUUGUUUCACAAGAAGCUGAAGAUAACACAGUCAUUUAAAGUGUACUAAUAUCUCCGUGCACUUAUUGGAUUUGUCUUGAGAGCCAAAGUAAUGAAGUGUCUGCUAUGAGGAGACCUCAAGCCUGAAAAGCGAUGUUAUUAUCCAGCUUCUGGGCAUCUCUGACGGCGAUGAGGAGCGAAGCUACUGGCCAAGGGGAUCUGUGGAGGGGAGGAAAGAGGGAGGAUUCCGGGAAAUUUGCCAUUUCCUCUCAGCGCUAGACUGAUAUCUGCACAUUCCUCUCCGUGUGCACACUCAAGGUUAGAAUAUAGGAGGAGGAGGAGGCUGCCACUAUCACCGAGGGAAAACCCGAGAUGUGGACGAUGUGGGUGUCUGUUACCAGUGGGGUGAAGUCUUAACUUAUGACCGUGGACAUCUUCAUCUAUAUGAAGCAUCAAUCUUUGCAGUCACUACACACGUGUGCUCAAGAAACCAUGGUAGUCCUUGUAGCAACUUGUCAGCCCAUCUCAGUCCAGGAUUUCAAAAGGCUUUAGAGGCUCCAAUCGGGAAGACCCUUGCCAGCCAACACAGUCAUAUGCAAUGGAAGAAGACACUGAUGUCACUUUCUACCGUGAGGGACAAAAUGGUUUCUCUCCUGAAUGUAACUCAUCAGAAGAGACCACCAAUGGACACUCGAACGAAAAGCCUGUUAUGAAUGGACUAAUUAUCAGUCACAGUGUCAGAGCUCACACCAAUGACUGUGCACCCCUCACAUCCCUGCCGAUUUCAGCACUGAAGCAGAAUGGUCUCCUGCAGACUCUUGCAGCAGGAGGGGACCAGACUAAACCUGCAGAAGGAGAUGAGGAGUUGGAAAAGGCCAGACAGGAGUGGGAGGCUCUAGAAAAUAUCCAACCAGCUCUCACUGAUGACUCAAACCCUACACCGCUCAUCUCUUUCAAUGAAGCUCUUCAGUACUUCCAGACUACAGAUCUCGGGGACUUGCUUAAGAACAUCCAGCCAACUAUUCGCAGGACAGGUCUCGCUGCCAUCACACACUUCCUUUUUGGGCCCCCUCGACUGAACAGGGAACUCACAGAAGAGCGGGAUCUUGUCUUUGCCAUCGCGCAAUGCCAUGUGGACAACAGCCAGAUAGUCCACAUGCGCGUUCUCCAGACCAUUUAUAAAAGGCUCAUUGGCUGCAGACUGGACUGUCCUCGUUAUGGGACACACUGGGAAAACAUUGGCUUUCAGGGUAUGGACCCAGCUACAGACCUGCGUGGUACUGGUUUCCUGGGACUCAUGCACACAUUGUAUUUUGUGAUGGACCCAGAAACUCUGCCCUUGGCUCGAGACAUCUACAAGUUGUCCCAACACCCUACACAGAACUUUCCAUUCAGUGUGAUGUCAAUCAACAUGACGCGCAUCGCUCUGCAGGUGCUCAGAGAAGAGGCCUUGUCAAAGGAGUGCAAUCGUCGACAGCAAGUUGUUGGUGUGCUGAAUGAAUUUUACGUGGCCACGUACCUGCACCUGUACCAACUGUGGAAGACGCAACAGAAAACCAUUGCUGACUCUGGCUUUGUGAUAAAAGAAGUGGAGCUGUUCGCCAAAAAGAACCCAAAGCAGAUGCUUCGCCGACUAGAGGUCUUCCUGAAAGAGAGACGGGCAGGUGGAGUCCCCCGUGGGACGUCGCCAGAGCCACCGGCUCAGCAACCUUCUCCCAACGUGGAGGAACGAGCAGCCAGAGUGACGAGUGGGCAGGGAAGCAAAGCAAAAGAGAUGCACUUCACAGGGGUGUGUGAGCUACCAUCUGACAUGGAGGGUGAUGCCAGACUCAUUUAAGCCUGUCUGCGUGCGUCUGUCUGUAUGUCUGUCUGUCUGUCUGUGUCUUAUGGAGAGCUAGAUGAAGAACACACUAUCCAACACGUUCCCCAACCCUUUGAAGAUGGGGUGCUGCACUUUGCUAAGGUUUAUUUUUUGGUGUUAGUAUUUUGUAGUUAGUCAUAUAGCCCUCAUUGUUUGAAUUAUUUAUUCCAACACAGAACAGUCAAACAAAUGAAGAUGAUACAGGAUGUCACAAAACAAAAACAUAAAUAUUUGCACUUUUCUUAAAAUUGAGUGCUCAAUUGAAAUCGAAAUGAAGUUAUCAUGGUCACAACUUAGUCCAUGUGGAGUUAAGGCCUCUCAGCCUUCUUAUGUUGGCGUCGCAGGUGGCCUGAGGCUCACUUUUGUUCGAGCAACUACACAACCGCAAUGCGGCGGAAGGGCACCACCAUCAGACAUGUUUUCAAUGCUCAUCUCCACAGGGUCAUAACCAGCAGCACAACACUUGAUCAGGUCACAGGCAGUGAGCUUGGAGCGGGUUUCAUGUUAGUUUGCCUUGACGUUUUGACCCCUUUGGAUUCCCUAUUAGUUGGUUGAAAAUGUAAUGUAAGGGGAGAAAAUGGGGUUCAGACUGCAGAGACUCUUGGUGUCACAGAAUUGGUCUAGUCAUCCAUUCACUUGAUAGUUAUGAUCGACCCAAAAAAAAUGUAUAUUUUAGCUGCUUCAGUUGAAAAUGCUUUUUCUUUUUCCCCCCAGAAGAUAUGUAAUAAUAAGAAUGGUUUUAACCCAACACAGGGAAAUCCUACACACAUUCUCAGCCCAUCAUAAACGUUUGAUAAGGCUUACUCUGAAAGUCUGAUAUAAGCUUUUUUUCCAUUAGUAAGCAUGUGAUUGUAUAUAUAUUUUUUUUAGGGAGGGGGGGUGGAUUUGUAUGUAUGAAUGGCAAAAUGAUUGAGCUGACGUUGAAGGGUGCCUCCCCUAAAUACUAUGGUACGGUAUGCAAUUCCAGCUCACACUCAAUGAUAAUCAAAGUGUCAGUGCUGUGUGACCAUAGACAUUGUUCCUAACUUCAGGGCUUGUGUGUUUGUUCAAGUGAACAUCCAGGUGUGUUUGUGUACUUUUGUGUGUGUGUGUGUGGGGGGGGGGGGGGGGGGGAUAAAAUGAGUCUUAGUGAAGACAUCUAAAGAAAAAGUGAGGACAUUUUAGGCUGUUGUCACCAUUUAAAGGGCAGUUUGACUUGUCUGGUUAAGCUUUUUAUGUAAGGCAGUACGAAUGUCAUCAAUAAGUUAGAAAGUAUACAUGUGAGACGGUGUCUUUUUUUGACAGGAAUUGCCUACAAAUGGAGUACUUUCCUCUGCACACAAAAAUCCAGCUUUACUAAGUACUUGACCCGUCCAGCUGCAAACAUGGUACUACAGAUUUUAAAAUGGUACUUGGAAUGAACAUGAAGAAAAAAAGUCCAAUUGGAAAAGUCAAAUCAAGAAAAGAUGGCUGGCCAAGCACGGGUUGAGGGUCCUCGGCAAAGCUGGUUCGUGCUUUGUGCUCGCGUGAAACUGUCUCCCAUGUUUGUAGUCUCAGUCUGUAGCAUGUUCAGGUAGCACUAGUACUGUAGCAUCCUAUAGCCGCCUCCUUUGUGAAGCUUGUUGAUGUCACGUUGACGUCGGUUUGUCGUGUCAAUGAGUGCGCAGACCUUUACUACUAUAGCACAUUCAUCUUUCAUGAACCCUCCCAAGUAGAGACAUUUGAGGCUUGUGGAGAUUGGCUGGACAUGUGAUUGAGUUCAACUUUGUCUUCUGAGAAGGUAACAGUUGAAAGGGUGCCUCCAUCCCAUAGAAUCAUGUAUGGUCGAGUGUUCGCUUCCUCCCUUUUUUUUUUUGUUUCUUGUAAUUUGCGCGUUUCGCCUCAGUGCCACAGUAACCUGUGUUGUUGCAAGUCAGUAGACAGCCUGCUGACCUCAAAUAGGUCUGUUGUACCGUUUCCAGUCUUCAUCUUGUCACAAAUGACACGGCACGGUUAGGCCAAUUAUUUGAAGGCGUUGUGCGACCGAUGAGGAACUUUGCACUGUUGUAGAUAAAACUGUAUGUGUGACGUAUGCAAAAGGGCCACCUUCUGGAGCCAUUUGCGGCCACCUCAUCGAGUCAGGUCACCUUAACCCUCCCGCCCACCUCCCUUGUCCCAAACAUUGCACCACACUGAUCCGGCGCUUGGUUUUCUUCUUUUUGAAGCUAAGGAGCAGUACAGUGUCUGUAAAUCAGGAAGUUUGUACAUAGAGAAUUAAUGAUUGUAAGAUGAAUGAUUGUCUGUAGGGCAUUAUACGAAAAUACAUUGCUUACCUCAAGACUUAAGACAAAUCUCUCCUUUCUCUCCUUAUAUUUAUUUGGCCUUUCAUUACAUCGUUCUAUAUUUGCUUAUACUCUUUCACCCACUGGACUCGUUAUAUAAUGUACAGAGGAUAUUAAACCGCUCACGCACGACAUACUACUAUAAUAACAGAAGCAAGUCCAUGACUCAAGUGUGUAUUAUGUCAUUACUAUAUAGGCCCUUAGACAUCUGCAAAUGAAACGCACUUUCUUCUAAACUUUGAAUUGGCCAUGUUGGAAUGCGCUGGUUUUGUCUUGUGGCUUUGAUGACGGUCGAGUAUCAUUUGCUGUGAUUUAAGUGUUGGGUGUCAGAGAAAUAAUGCAGUCUUAAGAGCUACAAACAAACUGCUCAGUCAGCACAUGAUUGAUUGUAAGGCUGUGGUCAUUAUGCUUUCAAGUACCCAGACAAGUUCUAAUUCAUCUUCUCAUUACCACCAACCUUUACUGUUCAUCAGCAGUUGUCCUGGAUUAUAUUUUUGCUUUCGAACAUCCCAGAUUGCAUGACUCGAGAAAAGAGAAACAAACGGGUUUUCGCAGGAUGCCAGACCCACGAGAGGUGCCGUUUGAAGUUCCGCUUGCAAACCGGCAGUGACUUGGCAAAUACAAUCACAUCUCUCGACAACACCCUGCGCUUUAUACUUUUUGAAGCUGUUUUGCUGUCAUGGUCUUUGUCAUGUCCCUCAGAGAAUUUUAUGACUGUACCUUGAUUGUAGAUGCCCUAUUUUAUACUGAGAGUUAUUUGAGAAUACAGUAUGUGCUGUUGUACAUUAAAUGUAUUGUAUGGAGAAAGCUAAAUAAAUGCUGUUGAAAACUAAGAA